AUGGCAAAGCGCAAGCUCCCCGCGACCACAGACUCGCAGCAACCACCACCGCGUCGCUCAAAGCGCAAUGUCGCACCAGGGCCCACAGCACCUCCACCUCGCGCCCCUCCCGCCCCCGCCCCCAAGCCUCCGACACGUGACGGCUUUGAACAAUGGCACAUGAGAGAGCUAGGUUUUGGCGCAGAUGUCUACUACCACCCUUCGUUCAUCGCCGAGGACGACGCGGUGCAGUGGUACCACGAGCUCGCGGCCCUUGACACCUGUAGGUUGUGGUACAACCCCAGGAUCACAGUCUACGGCAAGACCAUCACGCAGUCGCGCGCAGUGGCAGUGUACGCGACGACCCCAGGCACGAGCUUCAAGUACUCUGGGGCCGAGAUCGACGUGCACUACCCCCUUCCUCCCGCGCUGCGCGCCAUGGCCAGUCGCGUAGAGGACGCCCUCGGCGUGCAGUUCAACCACGUCAUGCUCAACCGCUACGACGACGGCAGCGUAUACAUUGGGCGUCACUCGGACACGCGCGACAAUGUCGUCAUUGCCAGCUUGAGCGUCGGUGCCGAGCGGACGUUUGUCAUGACGCCUCGCUUGCCACCCAAGGCAAGUGCUAUUGUCGUUCCACCGGAGCGCAGUGCCGAGCUGGCGAAGCGCGAGACGAGGCGCUGGCUCCUCGCCAAUGGCAGUCUCCUCGUCAUGCAGGGGAUGACGCAGGACUUUUGGAAGCAUGAGAUCCCGAAAGAACCAAAAGUCAAACACGGUCGAAUUAGCCUCACAUUCCGGCAGCUGGCAUAGCAACAGCAUCGGGACGAUACAUUGGUUGUACAAAGGGCUACAUAAUAACUGUACGGAAUACUACAGACUCGACAAAGGCUGAUCACCACAAAGACCGAUCAUCCGGCGGGGCGCGCGAUGGGUGCGAAGCACGGACAGGUGCCCCGCUUGACUCGACCAAACUGCGCCACUCGCGGUCCAACCUCCACCCACCGAUCAAUUUGCCACCCAUCAUGAUUUCUCGCGCUCGGUGUCGUUCUACUCUGCCUUUUUCUUGCCGCGACGCGCAGCAGCUGCCGGCUUGCCCGCAGCACGCCCACGGUACACGGCAAACCCAACCGCAAGCACGACGAGCAAGAGGAUGUUGGAGAUGACAAAGUUGACCGACGCGCCGAGGAAGCCGGCAAAGCUCUCAAGCGUGUCCCACAAGAGGACGACGAGGCCGCGGACAAACGUGUAGACGACGCCCCAAGCCGACGAGACAAUGGCGAAUGCGCUCUCACCCACGCCCUGGAGAGUGUCUUGUGAGCGAGGCACAAGUCAAGUGACGACGCCACCUACCUGUACGGUGUGAACAAGACCCAUGAAGAGAGCUUGAGUGUCAGACAUUGUUGUUGUUAUCCCCAACGAGAAUGGAGCAGCAGAGGACUGCUGGCAUGUUGACGUCGGCGUCAGUGUCUGGUGCUCUUGCGCGCUUUCUGCUCUUGCCGCCUGCUGCCUUGGAGGUUUUGCAGCAAGUUGGGUGGCAAAUGGAAUGCCCUCCCCUGCGCCACACCAAGUUUGGCAGAGUGACGGGAUCAAAUUUUGAGUGCAGGGCGAAACGGCCGAGGGUGAUUCGACUGGCGACUCCACCCUGACCAAAGUCUCCAAAGGGGAGGAGAGAGGAUUCUUCUGCCAGGCUUGCCCGCCGCCCCCUUCCUUGCUCGCUCUCGCCUUUGCCUUGCCUUGAAAUCGAUCACACAACCCUGCAGCGGCCCCUGUCGACUCAAACGAAAACACAGUGUGCAUAUUUGAUCCCGCUAAUGCUCGACUUGGUUGUUGUUUUGGUUUGCUGGCGGUGAGAUGCCUAAUGCAGUCUAGUUGGUGGGUUUGUGUGUCAGUCGACGCCCGUCCAACGUCGCUGCUGGCUGGCUGGCUGGCUACCUGCCUGGGUCGUCCCCCCCUUUGCUGCUCGCGCGGAACACUUGUCGACACACCCACCCACCUCCCUCUUCCUUCAAUGGUCGUCCUCUACCUAGCAGCAUCACUUUUCACCUCGACUCCUCCCCCUUCCCUUCUUACCUACAACCGUCGCCUAUAGUUUCUACUUCUACCACUUCCUCACCGUCCUUUUCGAGCACCCGGUCACUCUGCAAUCUUCACAGCGACACCCAACCACCAACAAUUGUGCCCCCGUCGCCGCCGCCGCCAUCGACGAGUCGCUACAAUACACCCCCCAUCCCCACUGAUUCCACCUCACCCGCCCUCCCACAUCCAACUCUUCACACUGUCUUCUCAAACCUGUAGCGCCGUCGACAGACUGCGCAUCCUGCCCACCACGCCAUCAUGAUGCCGCAGGGGCCGCAAGGCCGCCAGCCCCCGCCGCAUUUGCCGUUAAAACCUUCGGCGGCGGCGACACACGAGGCAGGCAGCGGCAGCGGCGCGCGCGCACGCGAACUAGAGGCCGUCCCUGCCCAUGGGCCUCGCGACCGUGACCGCGACCGUGAUCCACGCGACAGCCGCAGCGGACCAGGCUUUUGGCCUCCAGAAGCCCAUGGACGACCGUGGCCUCCCCGUCAACCCCGAGGUGGAUCGUUCCGUCCAUCUGGUCCUAAUGGGCGGCCGCGCAGCCCAUCCCCACCGCGACGAGAACGAGACCGAGACUUUGACCGCGACCGCGACUGGGAGAGGGAUCGUGAUCGCGAUUGGGACCGGGAACGUGAUCGUGAAUGGGGGUUUGACCGACGUGGACCACCACCCGGCCCACCAGGCCGUGGUCCUCCCCCUCGAGACCGUCCUCCCUUUGACCGUGAACGGGAACGCGAGGACCGCCGUUUCCGAGACAGUGAUCGCUACCGCGACCGCGACGACUGGAACGGCCCGCGGUCUCCUCGACUGAGCCCUUUGCCACCACGGGAUCGAGGCCGGCCCAUCUCCCCACCGCCGCCUCCAGGAUGGAGGGGAAAUGGCCACCGUGGCCCUCCUUCAAGGGAAGAAGGCCGACCAGUUCCAGGACCUGGCCCCUCGACAAUGGCAGCAAGGUCACCACCUCGCGCCCCUCGCUCAAUGCGAGGAUCAUCAUCUCCUACUGCUGACCCAAAUGCUCUCCCUGCUCGACGAAGCCCCGGCCAGAAUGCUAGCGACUUGGAAGAAGGCGAGGUCUUAUCUCCGGUUCGUCCUCUUCGUUGGCCGCCACCCGAUGGACGCGACCGUGACCGUGAACGCGACCGUGAACGAGAUCGCGACCUGCGUGAACGUGAACUCCGCGAGCGUGAGCUCCGUGACCGGGAUCGCGACCGCGACAGGGAAAGGGACCGCCGAUGGCCUUCACCUGGUCGUGAGCGUGAGCGUGAUCGCGACAGGGAAUGGGGCCCUCCUCGCAGAGAAUGGGGUCCCGGCAGACCGCGUCCCGGUUCCAGACAACGCAGUCCGUCACCGCCGCCGUUCAGUGGCCGCCCGAUGGAUGACGGCUGGGGCUCUCGUCGCGUAAGGGCAACUUCAUCGCCUACUCAGUCUCGACGUGGUGGCUCGGCUGGUCCCAACGAUGCUCGGUCCUCUCGGCCAUACUCGCCCGCGGCCGAUUCAGUGGCGUCGGCGUCACGUCCUCGCUCACCAGCAUCACGAACUCGAACUCCCCCGACCGGCUUCCCAGACAGCAGAUUCCACGGAAGAGAGGAGCAAGACCGCAAGCCGUCAAUACCUCGCAGCGAGGCCAGUGAGGGCCCCACCGAGGCGGAUCGCCAAGCGCCCACGGAUGAUUCUGCAACGGCUCGAGCACAAGACGUCAAGCCUCAGGCGUCGAGUCCACUGAAGAACGGGCCAACGUCGGUUGAGCGAUCCUUGUCUCCUUCUACUGGGACUGGGGCUCUGGGCCUCAGUACCGGCGAGGAGGCGGAGACCGCACCUGUCGAAGAGCCUGUGGUUGCAAUCUCGACUGUUGAAGAGUCCUCUUCAACUGAAGAUGCGCCAGAAUCGACUGCGGCUGAGCCCCAAGAAGCCGACGAAGGGACGAACGAGCUUGUUCAAAGUGCCGCCGUUCCAGAAGCGCUGGAAGUUGAGGUUGAGCCGGUCCCGGAACUGGCCAAGGAACCAACCCUUCCGCCCGCUCCCGAAGCUUCUUCUGCUACCAAAGAAGAAGCAACGAGCGCCGUAACGGAGCACACAACAGCGCGCACAGUGACGCCGGAGCCGGUGGUGGAAACAACUGCUGCACGCCCAACGACGCCGGAGGCAGCUGCGAUUGAGGCUGAACCGGAGCAGGAAGGCGAGCCCGUUGUGGAGGAUGCCAUCGAAGCGUCGAAGUCGGCCGAACCCAAGGCCGUCGAGCUGCCGAGGCCUGUCGAGGUGACCAAGCCGAUCACACCGCCCUCUCCUGUGGACCUGCCGGCCGAGCCGAUCGCGGUCGACGCUCCCGUGGAGGAGCCAACUGCUGCCACCACACAGUCGGCUCCCACAGUGGAAGAGCCAGCCCCCGAACCCGCCGUCGCUGAGGCCACGUUACCGAAGGUUGAGGAGACGACUCCAGAGGUUGUGACGCAGCCUGCUGCCCCUGUCGCCGAAGUCGUUUCCGAGCCGUCCGCACCUGAGCCAAAGGUCGAUGUCGACAACGAUGUGGAGAUGGCCGACGCCGAGGCUGCCACCGCCCUCCCCGCGCCAACUGUGGAGACUGUGGCAAAGCCAGACGCCCAGACGCAGGCUUCCGAGGACGUGGAGAUGGCCGAUGCGGUUGCCGAAAAGCAGCCUGCUCCGACUAUCAGCUUGGAUGAGCCCAAGACUUCUACCGAUCUCCCCACGGCACCUGCAUCGGAAGCUGGAGCAAGUCGGAAACCAUCUGUGGACAAUGGUGGUAUCACCUUCGACGACUCUCCGGCCCUGUCGCCUCAGUCGCCUGUCACUACCGUGCUCCGCGAACGCCGAACAGUUGAUCGCCCAAGCCGCACCAGGGCUCUACGACAACCGAGACUUGGCACCAAGCUCAAGUCGGAUUCUGCUCGAGCGACUCCGGAUGCGCCACCCACACCGCGAGAAGCCGAUGACGAGGCAAUGCCACCACCUUCGGACGCUCCAGACGGCGACGAGGAAGUCGAGGUCAUGGAAAUCGACGAACGCGAGGCGGUUCUGGUUGCUGGUGUCAAGGCGGCUCUCGGCAAGCCCGCUAGCUGUGAGAAGACUGUCGAGGAUAUUCUCUCCUGGAACCAAGAAGCUGCGCCGACCGAGAGCUCACGUGUACCCAAGGUUGGCAACUUCCAUGCCGACCAGCUCAUCGCCGACAUUGUGCGACCUAUGGCUGCGGAGCAAGCCCCAACCGCCAAUAUCGUGGCAAGGGUUGUGGUCCGUGAGAACCACGAGCUCAAGGAGAAGGUCACUUAUCUGCAAGAAGAGUACCUUGAGCUCGACCAGCUUUGGGCGGAACACCGCGAAAUGCUCGACAAGACCAUGGAGAAGCGAGGACCACCACCAGCCGACCUGUAUGCUGUUCCCGGUAGUGUGCUACCGCCGCCCACUCCUGGUAUUGUGCCGGCAACGCCAAUUGCAGAGGAGCCAUCCUACAGUGGGCGCUCUAACCGACGCCGUGGUGUGGGUGAUGCGGUUGCCACUGAAGCCGAGUAUCAGGCCAUCCUGGCCGGUCUUGCCGACAGCGCAGCCAAGGACCCAACGCACCGUGCCACCAAGACGGCAGCUACGAUCCCCGACAUGAUUCUCGACAAGGAGCGCGACUUUAGGUACGAAGACGAGAACAACCGCGUCGAUGACCCGCUUGCCUUCUACAACUUUGCCGGCAACGCCGAAGCCAUCUGGACUGAAGAGGAGCGGGAAAAGUUCCUCAGAAGAUACCUUCAGUAUCCAAAGCUGUUUGGAAAGAUUGCCGAAGGCCUGCCCAACAAGACUGCUGGAGACUGCGUGCUCUACUAUUACCGCACCAAGUACGAAAACGACUACAAGACGCUUCUUGCUACAAGACGCGGCGCCAAGGCUAGAAGAGCCGCGGUUGCAAAGAAGAAGAGUUCUGCUCUCAUGGCCGAUCUGGAACGCAACAAGCAGUCGACACCGACUCCAAAGGGCAGCCGAAACCGCGACCGUGAGGGCUCUGCGUCGACCACUGCGACGCAACAGGGUGGCGGCCGAAACAAGCGUGCUCGUCAGGGUUCUGAUAUGCCUGCAACCCCUGGUGCUGAUGCGCCUGCGCGUAAACGUCGGCCCGAGGGAGAACCAGAUGUCGAGAGCGCGACGCCUUCCAGAGCCGAAUCGGAGGCACCAUCAACCGCCAGCAAGACCAAGUCGCGUAGUGGUGGCGACAAGUCGCGAGCCAAGGGAACGAAGCGAGCGCGCGUCAACAAGGAUGCGGUAGAGAACCCAGCUCCGACAGAGGCUGUCGAGGUGGCUCCUGUCCCUCAAUCGCCUGUUGUCCAGCCCACCACUGCUCCAGUUGUCGUCCAGGAGGUGGCCCCGCCGCCCGUUGCGGUCACGGAUUCGAGCUCGGCAACCCAGGUUGUGGAUCCCGCUACGGGCCUUGUCGUCGACGCUGUCCCCCUUCUUCCACCCGUCAAGCGCGCCAGACGCAAAAAGGUCGUCGAACCGGUUGAUCCCAACGCACCUCCCCCGGACCCGAACGCGCCACCUCCCCCACCUGGUGAAGGUGGCAAGCCUAGACGAACGACUACCAAUUCAUACUGGUCUGUUGCUGAGAAGCAGAAGUUCCCCGAGCUUGUGCGCGAGCAUGGUGCCGACUUUAGGGCUAUCGCCGACAAGUUAGGCAACACCAAGACUGUCAUUCAGGUCAGAAACCACUACAACCAGACUGUCGACGCCAUGAGAGCCAGCGGUAUUGUUCUCCCAGCAUCCACGCAAGUCGGCGUCCAGCCGGUCAAGGUCAAUGGCGUUGAGGCUGCCAGAGAGACCAAGCCUGUUAUCCCCACUCCCACUCCGUCGACCGAACAGCAGCAGCAGCCUCCUCCUACCCAGCAACAACAGCAGCAGCCGCAGCAAGGCUACCCGGGACGAUACCCUCCUCCACCGGGCUACGACUCUUUCCCUCCUGGGCCUCGCAGAACUUCGCACGAGUACCCCGAGCCGCGUCGCGACUCGUUCCCAACCGAACCCCGCAUGGCCGUGUUCCCGCCCAGCCCGCCUCACCACUCAGCACGAGUACCCUCUCCACCUGCUCCCGUUUCGAGAUCUGGUGGCAUGCGCAUCUCGGCCUUGUUGAACGACGACCCGCCCAAGGACACGAAGCCGUUCGACACAGCGUCUGUUGUGUCAGAUGGUACCGUUGACGAGUUUGACGGCCCGGCUCAGCGUCGCCCCUCGCCGCUGCCGGCUGGGGCUUAUGGCUCUUACGAGCAGCACCCACGCCGACCAGCGUUUGAAGACCGCCCGCCCUCGUUUGAACGUGGCCGAUCUUAUGACGACCGCCACCCGUCGUUUGAGCGUGGAAGGUCGUUUGAACGAGACCACCACGGAUCAUACGAACGAGGCAGAUCGUUUGAGCGGCGACCGUCAUUUGACCACGUCGACGAGCGAUACCAGCGCCAGUAUGGUUACCCCCCUUCGUCGACCCCUGGUACUCGCCACUGGCAACAACGUGAAGGACCGCCUCCUCCUGGCGCCUACUACCCCCCACCCCACUCCUCGGCGGCGCCUGCGCCCAGUGCUCGAGGCGGACCUCACUGGGAUCCCGCUGGUAUGCCGUCUCUCGGUGUCUUCCCUCCCAACGGAUCAGGGCACCCUCCAGGUGCUCCUAUCCACGUGCACUCUGGGGCACCACCUCGCCCUGGCGACUAUGGUCGCCAGAGUGACUGGCGGCCGUACUUGCACGCUCCGAACGGCACGGCGGCCGGCGGCCACGAAGCACCGACGGCGCGCGGGUUGUCGCCGUCUCGAGGCUAUGCCCACCGGGGCAGCGGUUCACAUGAUCACCCUGCGCAGCGAUAGCAAGCGCGCCGAGCGAGCAAGGCGCCGAGAUGAUGUGUGCCACGUGAUUGGCACGAGGGUGUUAGAGAGUGUAGCCAUUGGGACAAGGUGUGGUGUCGUAAAUGUGGAGCAACGUAACCUGUAGCCCGUACCUUUUUCUCCCACCUCUGGCAAUGUACACUAUUAGUUGAUACAGA